CAUAUUAUUAUCCCUCCUUCUUCUGGUUAUUUCACCCUGCAGUCCUCAUAGAAAACACAUUGCCCUCCUUCGACAACAGCUAUCCCUAAAACUAAGAAAACACUAUUCCUUCGGACGGCUCGUCUUCCUGGUUUCUUUGCUACAGCCUUGUCUAUUCGCUUGCCACCGACGACACCAAUGUGGCCCUUCCCGUCCCCGGCACCAAGUUCGUACGUCGCCCAAACACAAGCACAAACUCACCACCUCUCAACAUCGCAAACUCGGCCCAACAUACAUAGAACAAAUAGCCCCGACCUAUUCUACCCACAUUCCUUGUCUAGUCCUAUCGAACAACAUCUCACCCCUUCCAUAUUAUCAACUUCAAACAUGCCCAGAGCCCGAAGAGCUUCACGCCCAGCUGGCCCUCUGAUCGACUUGACUGACACAGUUCCUAUUAGCCCCUCGUCAAAUACUCAGACCGAGCGGGUAUUCCCAGCACCUAAACGACGCAAAACUUCAGAGUCCCCCAUACGUUUCGCAAAGGUCGAGAAGGUGGACUUGAGCCUUGAAGCGGACGAUGAGUUCUCUAUGAAGAGGAACAGGGAGGAGCUGCUGAAGGUUCAGGGCGGAGGUGAUGAUGGGAAACGCAAAAAAUUAGCAGGGUUCUCUUGCGUCAUCUGUAUGGAGGAUGAGCCGACGGAUUUAGCUGCUACUCCUUGCGGUCAUAUGUUUUGCCACCUCUGUUUGCACGGCGCGAUUAAAGCCAGUACAACCACUACCCAUAAAUCCCAUGGUCGUUGUCCCGUAUGCCGUGGGAAAGUAUCGCUCAAGGAUGUGGUAACAAUAGAGUUCAAACUCUUAUCCAAAUCUCAGGGAAAACAGCCAGCAAAGUAACUUUGGACAAUCUUCAACAAGGUCUAACCCAAACAACUUAUUGUAUAUUUACCCACUUCCUUUCCACCUUGGUUUGCCUCAAAACUCCUUCCUACAAGCUCCUCUUUUUUCCUAUCACCGCCCUAUCACCCUCCCCCUUAACAGCUAAUUUGGGUUUAGAGUGGUGAUUUUUUUUUUUUUUCCUUACCCUCCCAAUACAUUUCGCUUUCUUGUACCUUUUUUAUAUUGAGAUAUCUGGACCGGAUAGUUUGGGUGGUGAUGGUGAUGGUAUUUGCUUCUGAGUUCUCUCAACCCUCUUCUUCUUUUUCCUCUUCCCUCUCCUACCGUUGCUGAAUGGUUCAUGGCCUGAUUCGCAAAGUAUUUUAUUAUAUUUCCUGGUACUAGACCGGUGUUUGUUUGUUUGUUUUUUUCGGCUUUUUCCAUUCUCUCUUUACCUGUACUCUUGGGUUGACAAAUCUUGCUUAUCAGGGGGAAGUGGAUAGUAGUUUACUUUAUUUGUCUUACUCUACUCUGCCUUAGGCUACUUGGAGAGGGGGUGGUCUUUCCCCCCUCCAUUUUCUUAAAAGGUUUAGCAUUUAUCGAGAGUUUAUAUAUCGAAAUAUUCGUGUAGGUUUUUUCAAACCAUUGAGUAAGUUACGGUAGCGCAAUACGAGUUGAAUAUCUAGGA